GCUGGGCAGGCGCGGGUCUGCACAGUGACCGGCAGACCGCGGCAGUCGUCACCACAGCGUCCGCUCAUGGGAUAGGCCACUGCCGACCGCACCUGCGUGACCGACCCGGCUUCUGGCCGGUACCUGCCGCAUGCUCUCCAGGUGAACGUCGCUCCAGGGCGCUGAAUCUGCAGCAGCUGGACCUCACCGCUACUUGGCUGGCUCAGGUGGCGAACCUAGCGAUACCAGUAUUCCGAGACGCUGGAGACGUGACUCUCACUGCGUUUGUUUACCGUUUAUUCUUGCGUUGCUACACGACGUAUGUGGUGCUGACAGUGGAUUCCGGACCCUUUUUAGUGAGCUUUUAGUGUCUGUUUUGUCGCAGCGGGGGUUUAGUGUUGCCCGAAACGUGGCAGCUGUUGACGUUCGUCCUUCGUAUAGCAGUUUUUUUUUGUGACUUUUGAGCGGUAGCGGUCGUCAGCCCGUAGCGCAGGAAGAGAGAAGACGCCCGCGAUGCGGCUGCUGAGAUACUGCGCGCUGGCGUGCGCGCUGCACCUGGCCGCGGCGGCGGCCAACAACGAGACGGCGACCGGGGCGGUGCGCCAGCAGAAGGCGCUCCAGCUACGCAAGCAGAUGCGCCGGCUGCGGAAGCACGAGGGCGCCGUCAGGCUCGUCAACGGCGACGACGAGCACGAAGGCAACGUGGAGGUGUUCCACUUCGGGCGGUGGGGCAGUGUCUGCGACGACGAGUGGGACGAGCGCGACGCGGCCGUCGUCUGCCGGCAGCUGGGCAUGGCGGGCGCGGCGCGCGCCACGCACAACUCGCACUUCGGACAGGCCAGGCAGGAGCGCUUCUGGAUGGACAACCUGUACUGCACGGGGGAGGAGAGCCUGCUGUCGCAGUGCCGCUUCGACGGCUGGGGCAGCAGCGACUGCACCGUCGCGGAGUCGGCCGGCGUCGUCUGCCUCGGCGGCGCCGCCAGCACCACCAGCAGCAGCAGCGACGCGGCUGUCACGCCGCCGCCCGCAGACUCGCCGCGCCUCAAGAUAAAGGACGCUACGAAGCACAAGAUGAAGGUGAGGCUGGUUGGCGGACGAGUUCCUACGGAAGGUCGCGUCGAGGUCAAGUUCGGGGAUUCUGAGUGGGGGACGGUGUGCGGCGACGGGUGGGGCAUGCUGGAGGCCGGCGUGGUGUGCCGGCAGCUGGGCCUGGGCUACGCGGCCGACGCGGCGCAGACCGACUUCUUCGGCGGCGCGGGCCGGCCCUCGUGGCUGGCGGGCGUCGCGUGCAGGGGCAACGAGGCGGCGCUGGACGAGUGCGUGCACGACGCCAUGGCCACCGGCAGCGGCAGCGCCAAGGGCCACGUCGCCUGUCCGGGCAGACACGACAGCUUCGCCGCCGCCGUCUGCGUCGACGUGAUGGCGGACCUUGUGAUUGACCACUUUGAGAUAAUGCGGACGGCGCACCUGGAGGACCGGCAGCUGUUCCUGCUGCAGUGCGCCAUGGAGGAGAACUGCGUGGCGUCGGAGGCGUACCGCAUCCAGCGCGACAACCCCUCUUGGCACCUGGAGACGCGCCGCCUGCUCAGGUUCACGGCGCGCAUUCUCAACGCGGGCACCGCCGACUUCCGGCCCUUCAUCCCCAAGCACCUCUGGGAGUUCCACCUCUGCCACAUGCAUUACCACAGUAUGGAAGUAUUUGCAACUUUUGAUAUUUUGGAUUCAAAAGGAGUGAAAGUGGCAGAAGGCCAUAAGGCAUCAUUCUGUCUAGAGGACAACCAAUGCAUGCCUGGGGUGCGUCCCUUCUACGCCUGUGCCAAUUUUGGAGAUCAAGGAAUUUCUGUAAACUGUUCUGAUAUUUAUAGGCAUAAUAUUGAUUGCCAGUGGGUGGAUAUAUCAGAACUGAGUCCUGGAAUGUACACAUUCAAGGUAUCAAUAAAUCCAGAGUUCAAAGUUGCUGAGAUGACAUAUGAGAAUAAUGCUGCUGUUUGUUCUUUGUAUUACUCAGAAUCAUUUGCACAUGUAUUCAACUGCACAAUACAACGGCCAUGAGCAUAUGAAGGAUAAUAGAAGAUGAAGAUAUAUGGUGAUGAAUGUUAAAAACACAACAUAUUUUCCUAACAAGAAGACAAUUUUGUUCUUCAAGAACUGAGAAGUGUUGAACAAUUAAGGACAUGUUAACUUAUAAUGUAGCAAACUACCUACAUAACUGCACAUGCAACCAUAAACUAAAAAGUGUGUAUAUAUGUUGUUUUUUCUGUACAUAGUGCACAAAUAUUUAAGAAGUUUGAACAUUUUAAAUAUUUUUCAGUCUCAGUAAUAAAUUCAUUUAACAAUCAAUUUGUACAAAAGUCUCAAUAAAUGUGCUUUUACAAACUGA